AUGGCGCAAUCGACGCAAAUCUCCGUCUCGGAACCGGCCAUCGAGAAUGCCAUGCCACACUCACCUGUGCUCGCAGCAAAGCGGACACACGAUCAAAUCGAGCCCGUCGCCGAAGCCGCGCCUUCGCUGAAGAAAGUCAAGACCAACGAUGACACGCUUGAGACCAAUGGACUCCAGGAUACCCAGAUGAAGGAUGUCCAAGAGGUGGAAGACAGAAAGCAAACGCAAGAGAUGGAGCAUAGUGCUGCAUUGGCUGUGCUGGAUGAUGGAGUCAAAGAGUCUGACGCGGCUAGUGGCAGGAGCGCAUGGUGUAUGGCACUGGGAGAGCUUUGA